AAUAAUAAAUAAUUAAAAAUGGAAGCCCAUUGUUUUUCUCUUCCAACAGAAUUAUAAUAUUAUCGGUAAACAAGAAGAAACCAAAAAGACAGUGUGCUAUGAAAUGGAAGCUGCAAAGGGAACAGUGAAAGCUGUGGCUCUCAUCAUCGGAGAUGACAACGUUAGAGGUUCUCUUCAGUUUGUUCAAUACCCCAAUGGGAAUUAUACACAUGUAACCGGAAAGAUAACUGGGUUGGCCCCAGGUCUUCAUGGUUUUCAUAUUCAUGCUCUUGGUGACACCACUAAUGGCUGCAACUCCACUGGUCCUCACUUCAAUCCACUCAAGAAGGAUCAUGGAGCAUCUACUGACGAUGAGCGACAUGCCGGUGAUUUGGGUAACAUUGUUGCCGGACCUGAUGGAGUUGCUUUGAUUUCUAUCAAAGAUGGACAGAUUCCACUAAAUGGAGUUCAUUCCAUACUCGGGAGGGCUGUUGUUGUGCAUGCUGAUCCUGAUGAUCUUGGAAGGGGUGGACAUGAACUCAGCAAGACUACUGGGAAUGCAGGUGCAAGAGUAGCAUGUGGUAUCAUUGGGCUCCGGUCAUCUGUUUAGGAUAGUUGGACUGCAGAUAAAUAUGGUGUAUACAAUGUCUUUUGAUUUCUCUUUGAAAGUACAAUAAUGUUGUAACUACAUUUAUAGCAACUUUAAUGACUAGUAGAAAAAAUCUUCUACAUUGUUAAGUUGUUA